CGCAGUAGGCGGCGGUGGCGGCGGGGAGCGGCCAUGCCGGGGCUGCUGCUGGGGGACCCCGCGCCCGACUUCGAGGCCGAGACCACGCAGGGCCGCAUCCGCUUCCACGACUUCCUGGGGGACUCAUGGGGCAUCCUGUUCUCCCACCCACGGGACUUCACCCCCGUCUGCACCACGGAGCUCGGCCGGGCGGCGAAGCUGGCGCCCGAGUUCAGCAAGCGCAACGUGAAGAUGAUCGCCCUCUCCAUUGACAACGUCCAGGACCACCUCUCCUGGAGCAAGGACAUCAACGCAUACAAUGGAGAACAACCCACGGAGAAACUCCCCUUCCCCAUCAUUGCUGAUGCCAAUCGGGAGCUGGCUGUCAAGCUGGGCAUGCUGGACCCCGAUGAGAGGGACAAGGAUGGCAUGCCCCUGACUGCUCGUGUGGUGUUCAUUUUUGGCCCAGACAAGAAGCUGAAGCUCUCCAUCCUGUACCCAGCCACCACCGGGAGAAACUUUGAUGAGAUCCUGAGAGUGGUGGACUCCCUGCAGCUGACAGCAUACAAGAAGGUUGCUACCCCUGUGGACUGGAAGCCUGGUGACAGCGUCAUGGUUGUGCCCACCUUACCUGAUGAGGAAGCCAAGAAGCUCUUUCCCAAAGGAGUCUUCACGAAGGACCUCCCAUCGGGCAAGAAGUACCUGCGUUACACCCCGCAGCCCGAGUGAGCCGCUCUGCCCCCGUCUGCUCUGCACUGCACCAUCAGCACCUCCUACCAUCACACUAACGGUGCACGGCAGUACUAACCCAACCCCCCCAUCCCUUUCAUCCCCCAGGCCCCCUCAAAACUAAAACUCUGUGUGUUUUCUGGCCUUGAAUCAGCCCUGCAGGGAAGAGGUUAGCGGAGCAGUGGGGGCUCCCGGGCUCACGCUGUGGAGUUGCUCCUGUUUGCCACCGGCCAAGGUUUUCCUGGAGGCACGGUGAGAAGUGUGGUGUCAGCACCUCCAGUCCCUGGAGGGGUGUCCUGCUGGGCUCACACAGCUUCCAUCAGGCAGCUUUGAGGUCUCCAAGCUGCCAUGUGCCUUUUGGAGCAGCCAUCACUAACACAUUAACACCUUUGUCCGGGGUGCCGUGCGUAGGGGAGGAGCUGCAGAGCCAAAUCUCUCACUUCCCACUGCUUUCUCAUCUCUUGCUGGAAGCUGAUUGUUUUUCAGGCUUUAUGGAAGAGGGAAUAGAAACAAAUAAACUGAUCUUCAGUACUA